UGCAGCGGUUUGCUGUUGUGAGACUUGUGUUUAAAUGCUCAGUGCUUUAUUUUCUUCACUGUAUAUGAAUAUCUGGGUUUUUAUUUAUUCUGUCUGUUGAAGGAGUUUCCACAGAUAUCUGAACAAACAAAGACGAGACGGUGCUGCAUGUAAAGUUGAAUGAAAUCUGCAUGACAUGCUACUGAAGAUGGAGUUUGUUAAAGAGGAGUUUAAAGAGGAGAAUGAAGACGUCAGUAUUUCAGAACCAUUCAGACUGAAGAAUGAAGAUACUGAAGAACAAAGAGACCUGAUGAAGCUGAAAGAGGAAAGUGAAGCACUGAAUAAAGUGGAAGAGAAACAUCAGUAUCAGGAACCAGCUAAAUUCGUAACUGGAGAACAAUCUUAUAGUUUCUCACAGACUGAAAAGAAACACUCACAAGAAAGAACUCAAAGAACCAAUACAGAAAAUAAUUUCACAUGCCCUCAGUGUGGAAAGAGUUACACACAUAAAGUAAGUCUUAAUAUCCACAUAAGAACUCACACUGGAGAGAAGCCUUAUUCAUGCCAUCAGUGUGGCAAGCGUUUCACACACAACACAAGUUAUAAGAAGCACAUAAGAAUUCACACUGGAGAGAAACCUUUUGCAUGUUUUCAGUGUGGAAAGAAUUUCAUCGACAAAACAAGACUUAAGGAUCACAUGAGAAUUCACACUGGAGAGAAGCCUUUCACCUGCCUUCAGUGUGGGAAGAGUUUCACAAUUAAAACAACACUAAAUGCUCAUAUGAAAUGUCAUUUAGGAGAGAAGUUACACCACUGUUCUCAGUGUGGCAAGAGUUUCGUUCGGGCAAGAUAUCUCACUGUUCAUCAGCGCUUUCACUCUGGAGAAAGACCAUUUAAAUGUGACCAGUGUGGUCAAAAAUUUGUUUGUUCAUCAAACCUAAAAACACACUUGAAAAUUCAUGCAAAUGAGAAGCCUUACAUGUGUUCUCUUUGUGGUAAGAGUUUUUCACAGCUGGCAUAUUUUAAACAACACCAGGGAAUACAUACUGGUGUCAAAGCUCAUGUGUGCUCAGAGUGUGGAAAAGCCUUUGUCCUAAUCAGCUCCUUGAAACGACACCAGAGGAUUCAUACAGUAGAAAAACCUUACAAGUGUUCACAUUGUGAAAAGAGUUUUGCCAAUCCACGAAACCUGAAAACACACGAGAAAGUGCAUGCUGGAGAGAAGACAUAUGACUGCACUCAGUGUGGGAGGAGUUUCAGCACAUCAAGUACUCUACGGAGACAUUUAAAGAAUUGCACAAAGUCUCAAUGAGCAAACUUUAUCUUGAGAAUCUUUGUCACGUGGAAUUUGUUUAAAUUCUAAAGAUGGACUUAAAGGUGCAUUUUAUUUUUUUUAAUGUUCACUUGGACAUUGACACAGUGGCAAGGAUGCAGUAUCAUUCAAACAUAAUUUCUGGUUACAGAUGCCAUUGUAGAAAUUCACUAUUCACAGUCAGCCAUGAUUAAUUUAAUCCAUGAGUGAAAGUGUCAAUUACAAGGCGAUUACUGAGAUUAAGCAAACAUUAUUCGGCUGGUCAUGUGAUUCUAACAUGUUCGCACCCAUGAGGAGACUCUUUCCAUGUAGAAUAAAACAACUUUCAUAAGGUUACUGGUAUGUCUGGAGUCUUCAUCUCAUGUGAGUGCUCUUGAUUUUAUACAUAUGUUUCAAAAUGACAAUUAAUUUCUUUAGGCGUAAAACUUUUUAAAUGAAGAAAAUACUGAGUGCAUCGGAUGAUUAAGUUACUUUAUAGACAUCCGGAAGUGGUGGUACAAACAAAUGGAUUAAUUUCAGAUUAGUUUACUCUGGAUAGGGGCACCAGGCAGGGUUGCCCUCUUUCCCCAUUAUUGUUCUGUCUGGCCCUGAAACCAUUAGCAGCCACGAUAAGAAGGGAAGAUGAUUUUCCAGGGGUGGUGGUGGGUUUAUUGAUUACAUUUCAAGAAAUUACAUAGGCCGAUUGACAAAGGUGGGCUAGGCCUACCCACGAUUUGGUUUUAUUAUUAUGCAUUUGGUCUCAGACAUUUGGCUCAUUGGUCACUUCCACCUGAGAGAGCCAGAUACCUGGUUUGGUAUUGAACAGGAAGUUCUUACCCCUAUUUGGCCAUUGCAAAGCCUCUCUAUCAAACUAAUCUGAGUUAAGUUAAGUUACACCCCGUUAUUUUGCAUUUGCACUCGGUAUGGACAAAAGUGUCCAGAGUGUUUAACUCUGAGGUUUAUUUAAAUGUUGCCUCUAGCAUAUGGCAGAACCCAAAAUGAUGUAUUAAUAAGUCCGCUUUCUGCUGGUCCGAGUGGAUUGUGAGGGAGAUUAAUACACUCGGUGACCUAUAUGAAAGUGGAGUGUUGAGAUCUUUUGAAAAUUUGGUUCAACAUUUUGGGAUCCCCAGAUCUCAUUUUUAUAGGUAUUUACAACUGCGCCACCUACUCUGUACUAUUUUUGGGAGUAGCAUACACCCCCCUAAAGUGGCAGAUACUCUGGGAGUGGUGAUUUAUUGCUUUUGGAAAAGGUCAUGAGGCAUCAUUGUAUUACUCCCUGCUAAUUCAGAGUCUGGGGGAUGGAGCUUUAACUUCUAACAAGAGAUUAUGGGAGAAAGAUUUCAACUUGGUAUUGGAGGAGGGAGUGUGGGCUAGGAUUCUAAAAAACGACAAGUCUGCAUCUAGAGAUGCAAGGGUGUGUCUUAUGCAAUUCAAGAUUUUACAUAGAUUUUAUUGGACCCCUUCUAGAUUGUAUAGGCUUGGUCUUAAAGACACACCCACCUGCUGGCGAUGCCAAUCGGAGGAUGGAGACACGGCCCAUGUUUUUUGGUGGUGUAUUGAGAUCCAGAAAUUCUGGUUGAAGGUUCAGAAUAUUGCGUGUGAUGUGGUGGGCACUCGGGUUUCGUUUUGCCCCAGACUUUGUGUUUUGGGCGGUGGGGCGGUCAUCGAUGUGGGGAAUAGUCAGAAUUGGGUUCUGACCUGUGUGAUGAUCGCCAGGCAGAUUAUUUUGAGGGGUUGGAGGUCAGCUGGUGCGCCCCCAUUUCCGGAGUGGUGCACGGAGAUGGGGAGGGUGGCGGCUUUUGAAGAGGUGUCAUUGGGAAGACGGGGUAACUUAGAUUUGUUUGUCAGGAAAUGGGGCAUAUUAAGCACAAUCAUCAAAACAAAGAUGGUACAUACUGUCACAGUCAAUCUCCCUCAUUCUCUUCAAGGACUAUUAUUUUGAAGUUUUCCCCUGGACUCCAUUUCCCAGGAUUCACUGCCCUAAUAACUUCCUUCAGUUCAUCAUCAUCUGCCUUCUAUUCCCUCCUUAGUUUCCCAGUGUAUAAAUACCCUCUAGUUUUGUUAAGCCUUUUGUCAGUCCUUGAAGUGUUACAUUGUGAAGUGUCACGUUUUGGUAUUGUUAGCCUGUUAGCCUUGUAGUUUGUUUUCCACUCCAACGUUUAUAAUU